CGCUCCCUCGAUAUCAUCACCCUCUUCCACAAGCCAAGCUCGCCCGCGUCGGUCAAGAUUGCAACGCUCCUAAAGCAGACGUCGGCCGCCGCUUCCGAAUCGGCCACUGAAGACCAAGCGAGCGACCACUCAGCCCAGGCAACCCAGAUCCCAGAGUUCGAGCUCACCAUUGUCGAGGACCCCCCCACCCCGAGCCAGCUCGAGACCAUCCUGGACUAUGUCCCCAAGGCCGAUAUCCCGUCAAUUGUAGCCGGCGAGAUCAACAAGCACGACGCCCUCAAGGCCUUCAAGCAGAACAACCAAAAGUUCCAGGUCCCUCUGGUUGUUGACUGGAACAACGGCAAAGUGGUUCCCGGGGCCAACGAGUCUGCGAUACUGAAGAUGCUGAACGAGCUGCCCAAGAAAUAG